UAUUUUUGUUUUGUAUAAAAAUAAAGUGAAAUUACCAAACCAGUAUGAUAAAAAAAAGAUACAUACAAAGAGUAAUAACAUCACUGAAGAAAAGAAAGGAGAAGUUGAAGAUCAAAAUAAUGAUGAAUUUAUUAAGAAUAGAAAUGGCAACACAGCUGUUAGAACAAGAAAUGAUCUUGCAAAUAAAAGUGAUAAAAAUGAAAAAAAUCAAGAAAAUGAUAAGGUUUCUGGGAAAAAUUUAAGGUAUAGUAAACAAGCAACAAAAAAUAAAAUGUUAAAUAAAAAUAAAACUCCAAUUAAAGGAAGAACAAAAAGUAUGAAAUUCGAUGAUGUUAUGUCAAUGGAAAAGACAGUAGCAUUCUGUUAUUUAGGAUUAUUGCUAACUGAAGAUUGUAUUCUCAUAAGUGAUAUUAUAAGAUGGACAAGAGAAGAUCAUUUUCCUUAUAUCAGUGUAUCAUAUUUAUUGCCAUCAACAAUGAUUUUACAAACAACUGAUUGGAAACUUAUCACUCCAUACAAACUACCAACAUUAAAUAGAAUAAAUGAAUUGACUGAAAAAAUGGCUAAUUUUCUUGGAAUCAAAGAAAUUCCCGAGAAAUUGUUAAUGCCCAUCAUUGCCCGUUUUGUGAUUGAUUUAAAUCUUCCAUUGGAAUUAAUAUCAUUUAUUCACAAAUUGGUAAGUACAAGAAUUCCUUGUAUGAAAUUUAAAUUAGAUGGAUUACCAAGAUAUGAAGUCAGAGCAAUGGCUAUCAUUGUCAUAGCAUUGAAAUUAUUGUUUGGACUAAAUGAUAAAACAGAAAGGCAGUUAAGUUCUUUAGGAAGAAAAUUAGAAGAAUACAAAAAUUUUGGAAAUCAAUUUUUCAUUUGGGAAGAUUGGGUUGAACACAUGAAAAUACAAAUUAACUUUAUUUUUCAUUCACAUAUCCCUUUAGCUUUAUUCAUGGAAAAUGAUGUUUAUGACAUAGAUAGAUAUAAUCUGUUCUAUGAUCAAAUAGUCCACAGUCACUGGAGACCUAAAUCGGCUCCAUGUUCCAGUCGGAAUAUCAAAAAAAGUUUUGAAUUUUAUGACAGCUUAAAAAAAGUAUUUUCAUCUUUAAAAGAUUCAAAUGAAGAGCAGCUCUCUUAUCCAAAAACCAGUUUUCCAUACAGUGUGUUGUUGAAUUACUAUAAGGAACUUUAUUUUAAAAAUAACUCAGAAAAGAAACUAUUUCAUCACAAAACUCUAAAAUAUUUAACAAAUUGUAAAGACUACUAUGAAGAUUUGGAAAUUACUAAAAUUUAUCAGGAUCAAGAAUUUAAUGACUUGAUUUUGGGUUCUAAAAAUGCUUUUACUCAAGACUUUCCAUAUUCACAGUAUUGGAUAGCACAUUUUCAGAAACACACAGUUCCAGAAGUUCCGUACGAUUCUUUCAAAUGGUUAUUGUCGGUCUGUUCGUGUUACAUUGAAGUUUCUACAGACGACUUGUAUAGAGAAGUAAUGCAGUUGGAAAGCUUCGUUGUUAAAGACUGUCCGAAGUUAAAAGUAUUGCCUAGGAAUUAUACGACUACAGUUCAUGAACUGAAAGAAAAGACAUUUGGUAGAAAAAUUAAGAAACCCAAAUAUAGAAAAUCAAGAAAGCAACAUAAUUGAUAAUAUAUUCAACUAUUUUUCAUGUUAAUUAAUUAAUUAAUUAUUAAAAUAUUGUAUAUAAAGAAAAAGUAAGUUUGUCGUGUUGCAAAAAGUUUGUUCACUGAAAUUUAAUAAAAUGAAUUUGAAAAUUUGUAACAAAUUAUGAAAAUAUUUCAUUUUAAAAUA